GACUUUUUGAGAGGUUGCAAUCACACAAUACUUCAGAUUCGUUCGUGACAGUAGUGUGCUGUAGAAGCCUUUUUUCAACCGCUUUAACACAAGUGAAGAAGAAAACCGGAAGCGUCACUUCUCCUGCUGCUGCUGGCGAUAGCUAAAGCUACGUCGGCGUCAUCGUCUUAUCGGUUUGGGGUUUGACAACAGACACAACAGCCUUAUUUCGUGUCCAGCCACGAAUACCCAUUUUCAUUGGGGUCUCUGGAGAGAUGAACAACAACGGGAAUAAGAGAGCUCCAACCACAGCCACUCAGCGACUUAAGCAGGAUUACCUCAGGAUAAAGAAAGACCCUGUGCCUUACAUCUGUGCAGAACCUCUCCCCUCCAACAUCCUAGAAUGGCACUAUGUAGUCAGAGGUCCUGAGAAAACUCCAUACGAAGGAGGAUAUUAUCAUGGAAAACUCAUAUUUCCUCGGGAAUUCCCUUUCAAACCACCAAGUAUCUAUAUGAUAACACCAAACGGGAGAUUUAAGUGUAAUACAAGGUUAUGUUUGUCCAUCACAGACUUCCAUCCAGACACGUGGAACCCCGCGUGGUCCGUCUCCACGAUCCUCACAGGUCUGCUCAGCUUCAUGGUCGAGAAAGGCCCCACCCUCGGGAGCAUCGAGACCUCUGACUACACGAAAAGACAGCUGUCAGCCCAAAGCCUGGCUUUCAACCUCAAGGACAAAGUGUUCUGUGAACUUUUUCCUGAUGUAGUCGAUGAGAUGAAACAGAAACAGAAGGCCCAGGAGGAGUUAAGCGCCCGCACUCAGCCCCUCCCCUUACCCGACGUGGUGCCCGAUGGCGACCCUCAACACGCCCACUACGGCCUCCCUGCCCUCAACGGAGGUCCCGUCCCGCUCGGGGGCGCAAACCCAGCCCCGGGCCUGCAGCAGGCCAACCGCAACCAUGGACUUCUAGGCGGGGCCUUAGCCAACCUGUUUGUGAUUGUAGGCUUCGCGGCAUUCGCCUACACAGUCAAGUACGUGCUGAGGAGCAUAGCUCAGGAGUGAGAGGAGCUGGCCGCCGUAGGGCGAUGCUCCCUCCCCCACCACCACCCCCCAUCCCCUUUGCAGGCGAGCCAGCUAGUGGACUCCACAUUCUACAAACACACUAUGUGGGGGGAGGGAUGUUUCAGUCCUGGGUUAAACCCCCUCCACGACCACCACCACCCACAACCACCACCACCAUGGACUUUGGAAGACGGAAUCUCAAAGCCGACCCACCUAGGAAGGAUUGAGCAGAGGAGGAGGGGAAAGAGGGAGAGGAGGAGGUUGGGGAGUGGAUGGGAGUGGCAGUUGGACCGGGGGGGGUUUGGAGGGGCUCAUUAAAACGGUUGUGAUCCACUCUGUGCUUCAGUGGUUUAUGUCAGCAGUAGGAACAAACUUGGCUCAUGGGUUGUGGAAGAGCAUAGAGCUGAGGACAGAGGCACACACAGGUCAUAGUUGGUGGCACCGUGCCAGCAGGCUGGUCACCACAACAGAAAUAGGCUUCACUGAGGUGGAAUAAAAUCCGCCAUUGUUCUCCUGCACUAUCAACUUAUAAUUAAGCAGAUAAUUCUUAAAGCAAGCCCCUCAGUGUUUCCCUCUGCAGUCUGUUCCAGUCAUUCAUACAGCUCAGGGCGGGACUCGAUGCUGUUCCAAUGCUAAAUACAUUCAUAGUCAAGAAAAAAGGAGUUCCACAGAGGUGUCUUCAGUUGAAGUCUUUAAUCCUGGAGUUGGUUACACUCAAGUAGCAUUUCCAUAAAAUAGCUUCAAGGCAGCAGUUGUCAUCACCCUGCAGAGAAGUUGAGAGGCAGUUACCUUCAGUUUCACUUUGUCACCAGUGCCAUUUGGUUAUUCUGCAAGAGGUGUUUUGGUAUUUAGAGUACAUCUGGGUCAUGGAGGAAAUUUAAGGAAGUUAUUUUUCCUGAAUGUGUAGCUUUCCAGAUUACAAAAAAAAACAAAGAGCGCUCAAUCAAAACAGCACAGACACGGGUGAUAGCAUCUGAAUUUUAACCACAUUCCUGAACACUAUAUGAGCCAACAACAUGUCAUCAUAGGAAAGGCCUCAUGUUCUACGUUGAGCUACCUGGAGGGGAAAUCGAGACAGAUUGGUGACAAAAAGCAAAAAACAACAACACGGUUAAACUACAUGUGCAGGAAGAUUAGUGUACAGCAGCGUGAUCCAAAUAGGGCCUUUUGAUGUCAUCGGUAUGUGAUGGUACAUUUCUGCUGAUGCAUGGAGCAAAGAAAGUAGACUUGAUACAACAGGGUAUUAUCAAGAUACAUCACAAACUUUCAGUCUGCAAAAGAGCUGCUGAUACAGGGCUGAAGACUGAUGUGAGUCCAGAUGGUCUCUCCAGUCAACCCAUGAGCCAAGCAAUGAACCCAAUGUCUGCGCAGAAAUAGAGACCAGUGCCCCCCUUUUUAAAAAAAAAAAAAAAAAAAAAAAAAAAAAAAUCCAAAAUUGGCUUAGCUGACCAGUAUAGCAGCACUCUAUAUAGGUCCAAAUAAGGAGACACAUGAAGAGAACCAACGUUUUGUUUCUGUAUAUUUUUCUUUUUCCAAAUAAUAUUUUUCUUUGUGUUUUUUGUUCUCUUUAUUUAUAGACAGCCUUGGCUUGUCUGUCAUGGCUCUGAGGAAAAACGUAUAGUGUUUGCUAAGCAGGGCAAACACACACACACACACACACACACAGACAGGCAGGCCAUGGUUCGGGCUCAAAUAAUUGCUGAUAAUUUACUGUUGUGCAUUGCAUUUAGUAAAGAUGGUUCUACUGUGUAUCCAAUGUUUCAACAGAAAAAAACCGAAAGCAGAAGAUUCACCUUUCUAUUGCUCUUCUUUUCUGGCACCAUCUUUAAAAAAAAAAGAAAAAGUUUUUUUAAAAAACAGAGAGAGAGGAACUGAUGAUGAUGGGAGUGCGUUUGUGUGAUUAUACAGCAAAUGCCCAAAUUUCCAUGCUUCAGUUAAUCUUGUGUGACAUUGUAUGUUUUCAUAGUAAAUGCAAAUAAAUUACCCUGCUUGGCGGGGUCUUUUAGAAACCC